AUGAACAGGUGGCAGCAUUACCUGGAAGAAUCGGAGCUCUACCCAAAUUCCAUCAUUGGGUUUCGGAACAAGCUCGGGACGCAAGACGCCAUGAUCUUACUGAAGAACGAGAUCAUCGACGAUAUGACGGGCACCAAGGACAACAGAGCCAUACUCGGGCUGGACCUGCAGAGCUCCUUCGAUAAAGUGAGGCACUCGGCUAUCCUGGCCCAAGUAUCCAGGCUAAACAUGGGCAGGAAGACCUACGAGUACAUCAAAGACUUCCUGACGGAACGGACCACUGAAAUCUGUGCAGGAGACCUGCAGCUCGAAGAGAAGAAGCUGGGCAGCGUCGGAACCCCGCAGGGCUCGGUGAUCUCCCCGUUACUCUUCAACCUCGUGAUGAUCGGGGUGGCCAACCGGCUAGAAAGAGUAACGGGAGUCCGGCACAACAUCUACGCCGACGACGUUACGCUAUGGGUACCAGGAGAAAGCGACGAACACAUCAAGACAACGCUGCAAGAAGCGGUCAACGCCAUCGAGGAGCAGCUGGACGGGAUCUGGACUCGUCUGCUCUGGCCAAGUCAGAGUUGCUCGUGA